GCCGUGCGCAUGGCAUAUAGGAAGCUGGCGUGGCGCAGCGAUAGCGCGCGGUGGCCUGUGGGCGGGACUUCCGGCCCGAUGAAUCGUCUUCCGGCCGUGCUUGAUGGGUCUGGCCGGUCUUCUGACAUGAAGCCCCCUGGACCUAGAAAUUGGUUCCUUCUGUGACACGCCCACCAUGUGGCCACUUCUUCAUGUCCUCUGGCUUGCUCUGGCCUGUGGCUCCGUUCACACCACCCUGUCAAAGUCAGAUGCCAAAAAAGCUGCCUCAAAGAUGCUGCUGGAAAAGACUCAGUUUUCAGAUAAACCUGUCCAAGAUCGGGGUCUGGUGGUGACGGACAUCAAAGCUGAGGAUGUGGUUCUUGAACAUCGUAGCUACUGCUCAGCAAGGGCUCGGGAGAGAAACUUUGCUGGAGAGGUCCUAGGCUAUGUCACUCCGUGGAACAGCCAUGGCUAUGAUGUUGCCAAAGUCUUUGGGAGCAAGUUCACACAGAUCUCACCAGUCUGGCUACAGCUGAAGAGACGUGGUCGUGAGAUGUUUGAAAUCACAGGCCUCCAUGAUGUGGACCAAGGGUGGAUGCGAGCUGUCAAGAAGCAUGCCAAAGGCCUGCGCAUAGUGCCCCGGCUUCUCUUUGAAGACUGGACUUACGAUGAUUUCCAGAAUGUCUUAGACAGUGAGGAUGAAAUAGAAGAACUCGGCAAGACUGUGGUACAGGUGGCAAAGAACCAGCAUUUUGAUGGUUUUGUGGUGGAGGUCUGGAGCCAGUUGCUGAGCCAGAAGCAUGUAGGCCUCAUCCACAUGCUUACUCACUUGGCUGAGGCGCUGCACCAGGCCAGGCUGUUGGUCAUUCUGGUCAUCCCACCUGCUGUCACCCCUGGGACCGACCAGCUGGGUAUGUUUACACACAAGGAGUUUGAAAAACUGGCCCCUGUACUAGAUGGCUUCAGCCUCAUGACAUAUGACUACUCCACAUCACAACAGCCUGGCCCUAAUGCUCCAUUGUCAUGGAUUCGAGCCUGUGUCCAAGUCCUAGACCCCAAGUCACAAUGGCGAAGCAAGAUCCUCCUGGGGCUGAACUUCUACGGCAUGGAUUAUGCAGCCUCCAAAGAUGCCCGUGAGCCUGUCAUUGGGGCCAGGUACAUACAGACGCUGAAGGACCACAAGCCCCGACUGGUAUGGGACAACCAGGCUGCGGAACACUUCUUUGAGUACAAGAAGAAUCGCGGCGGGAGGCAUGUUGUGUUCUACCCAACUCUGAAGUGACAGUGGCCUGUGACAGAGUACACCUCCUCAUACAGCCCCAGUGAGACUGUGCCUUCAGAUUCCCUGCACGACGCAUCCACCGACCCAGUGCCUGGCCAGAAGGGACUGAAUCUCCUUGGGCCCUCUGAUUCUGCAACCUUCCUUCCCUACACCCUAUAGAGGCCAUGGCAGUUGAGCGGCCCACUCAGCCAUGUGGCCCCCUUGCCCUGGGCUACUCAUAACCCUGGCUCGGCACACUUCCCGCUCAUAAUCCAACUGCAGUAGCUCUCUGUACCAACCAGAAGGCCUCACCAGAGCACCCGCUACUGCCCAGUCAUCCACCCCUCUCCGAGCCUCCCGGAGCUUCAUCACUUUUUUCAUUUUUAUUUUGACACAGGAUUUCUCUGUGCAAUCCUAGCUUCCUGGAACUCAGAGAUCCACUUGCUUCUGCCUCCCAAGUGCCGGGAUUAAAGGUGCAUUCCACCCACCGGACUCUUGUCACUCAUUUUUAUAAAAAUCCAAAUAAGAGAAAGCAGGGAAGAAAGGCAUAUGGUGGCUGACUCUACAGAGGGCUCAUCAUGGCAUGGUGACAGGGACAUCUAGUCUCUCAGCAUAUGGGGCUGCCAUGGUGGUAGGGGAGCUACAGCUCCACCACACCUGAGGCCUUGGACUCUGUGUCAUUUGGAGAGAAGAUGUAUUCCUGGAGGCUAGGAAUGGACCGCCAGCUGACGGGCUCUGGGAAAAGGCCUCGCAGCCCAACAAAGAACUGGACAGGGCAUGGCACAGGAGCCCAUGAUGUGGGCUCUGACCCAAGGUUCUCAGUUCCAGGUAGCUCCUGGAGACACUACUAUGGAGUCAGCAGGAAGCAAAGGGACCUGGGAAAGCUGGCCAUAUGGGAAGCUCUGCAUCCAGAAGGAUCAGGAAACCUGCCUUGGGGGAGGUGGGGUACAUAUGCCUUGGGUGACAUCUCACAGCCACAAGGGAGCUCUGGCAAGCCAGUCUACAGAGAUGCCUCCUUUACGGUUGGGACCUCUGCAGGACUGCCAGUGGUUGAGAGGUGGUGUUGUCUACAGUGUUGAUCAAGUAAAGCAGCUGGAUGGGCCAGGCAUCCCCAUUCAACAUGUGAGAAGUGUCCCUAAUGGAGAUCUUGCCAUGUGAUGGUCACCAAAUCAAUCACCCAACCACAAGGCACAAUAUCAUUCUACAAACACACAAAGCUGCGAGAUCUGGAAGGCUUCUCCAGGGCCAUAGCAAACAAGGUCUCUCCUGUCUCCAUGGGUUUGUCCCAUGACCUUCAGAAGGUCCCAAGCAUCAUGAGGUCUUCCAGGACCCAGUAGUGUGUCUCACAGGUUAUGGAAAGACCUCCAGGGCCCCACACUGCUAAGCAGAAGUUAAUACCCUACCUGUUGCCUUGGACUGGAUCAGAAUUACCAAAGCUAUAAAGUUGUAAGAGCAGGACACCCCUUGCUCACUCUACAUUGUACCUGCCCUAGAAGAGCUGCAAGUCAAAAGUAGUAAGAGGCCUCAAGAGACACCAACCCAUAGGGCUGACCUCAAGCAUAACACUGCCCCAGAGGAGCCACGACCCUUCAUGAGGCUGAGCACUCAUGAUGGCAGGUCCUUGAGCAGGGGGGAGGGGAGAUGCUGGUAAAACACAAGUGUCAUUAAGACCCAAGCUGUCUGCACCAUCCGCCUCUGCCUUCCAAAGACAGCAGACGGCUCGUGUCAGCAGGAAAGUGAGCUGUUGGAGUGCCCCUGCCCCACGGGACCGAGAAGGGCAUAGGAAGGACACCGCUGUGCAAAGCAGCUAGCACCACUGGGGGUGGGGGAGAUGCCCCAUUCCAGGAGGCCAGGAUGGGGCAAUCUCCAAGAGUGGAAUGGCAAGAACCCCGAACCCCACACCCAGAAGAGACAUGCUUCCCUCCACCCAGAGACAGCAGGAAAAAAUCUCCAUUAACUGCUACAUAGCCUGUCACCCUCGCUGAGAAAAAGACAAACAGCAACCCAGAUGCCCCUCACUGCCACCCAGAGAUGUCACAUGCAUUGUCACAUAUGAGCAGCACACGCAGAGCCACCACCAUUUCAUGGGCCACCCCUUUCACAGCCCGAGCCAAUGCCACAUGCAAGGGUGCACUAAUGAAAACGUGUGUGUGCUAAGAGUACUGUACCUGUAAUUUAAAAAUGUUUUAGUGCACGCAGAUUGUAAAACAUUUUGGCAGGAAAAUUACAGCUUCAAAGAUCAAAAGAAAAAGGACCUGUGAGACUCUCAGAAGAUAAGAAAAGCAGGAUUAGGGCUGAGCCCUGGGGGCCUGGAGCAAGGUCUCUCCUGAAUCAAAACUGGGGAUGGAGCUAAAACCCCUACUCUGAAUCCACAAUGUUCCCCCAGUUUCCUGAGCCCCACUUCUAAGGCAGACCACCUCCUAUUGCUGGCUCACUCCUCUGCAGCUGUACCGCCAGACUAUAGAGGAGCCCUGGUGGGAGGCAAAGCUCAAUCCCCACAGCAAUCUAGAGAAGCCAGGGUCCUGAAGGGAUAGUAGCUGGGAACAACACCCAGGGGCAGGACCUCCUGCCACCAUGGUCCUGCAUCCUAACCUGGCUCAUCUUCAUGCAGCGUGCCUGGCCCCAAGCACAGCGUAUCUCAGCCACCUGCUAGGCACUCUAUGAUGCCUGUGGCAGUCCGAGAGGUGUAAUGAGCUGUUACCCAGGUACCACCCAAACCUGUGCACAGCAGUUACCUUAGCCUCCAGCCCCUCGGAUGAGCUUCAGGCUGAGUGCCACAUGGCACUGGGUGCCCACCAAAUGUGCCUGUCCAGAUCCAGAGAGGAGAGUGCUAACAAGUCUCUGCCCACCACCCCUCCAGCCAUAUAACUCAAUGUGGCAGAUGGCCGGGCAGCUAGCCACAUCUUUGGUGGAGGUGGAAGGGCUGGGCCCCCUGUAUAAACCAAGGCUAUGUCCAAAAUCCCCUCUCCUGCAGGCUGGCAGGAACCUUCUCCAUCUUGGCUAGGACGUUAGUUAUCCCAGUGGAGUGAGUUUGUGCACUUAAAAUUGAAUGCACGCCUGGGGAUGUACCUGAGUUAGCAGAGUGCCAAGUGUGCACCGGGUUAGAUACCCAGCACCACAUAAACCAUGUGUAGUAGCACACGCCAGUAUUCCUGGCACUUUAAAGGUAGAAGCAGCAAGGUCAGGAGUUCAGUGUCAUCAUAAGUAAGGAAAGAUUGGACUAAGUGAGACAGACUGUCUCAAAAUACUUUAAAAACAUAACUUUGUUUCUUCCAACUCAGGACAUUGCUGGAGCCACCAACAUACCAAAGCACAGACUAGUCUGUGACUUUUUGUAUGGGCAGUUCCCUGCCACCCACACAUCACAAAUACAGGCUGUUACAGGAAGCAGAGAGGUCCCCCAGUCCUGGUCCUCUCACCCACCAGACUAAAAGUGCCAGCGGCCAACACCAGGACAACUGUUCAUCAGAUACCACCUCAGCUCAUCAUGGCAAUAGAUGACCAAGGGCCUAGCAAGGCAUGUGCCCUGCAACUUGAUGCCAGUGGGGGCAGAUCCCUGUGCCUGGCAGGACUUUCCUUGGGGACUGCAUAAGACAGGUACUGAGGCUGUAAUGGUGACAGCCCAGGCAGAGCAGGGCCAGGGUGGGGCUCCAGUACCCUCCCUUAAGGAAAGGAAAGUGGAGCUUGACUCCUAUGCCUCCUCCAGCUCAGGUCAUUACAGGCCACCUGGGUGGGAGCUGGGGGACCCUGAUCCACACACCUUUGGGUCACUUUGCAUGAUCAAGAUGGAGAAUCUGAAAUGCCAAGAAUACAGGAUUUUCACCAGGCGGUGGUGGCGCACGCCUUUAAUCCCAGCACUCGGGAGGCAGAGGCAGGUGGGUCUCAGUGAAUGCGAGGCCAACCUGGUCUACAGAGCAAGUUCCAGGACAGCUAGGGCUGUUCACAGAGAAACCCUGUCCUAAAAAAGCAAACAAAUACAGGAUCUUCUCGGGUCACAGAGUGUGUGGGUAGCAGGCAUGACUCUAACCUCCAUCUUGUCUGCCCAAACAGACACUGACCAUACCAUGCAGGGGACAGCUGUACCUUGUGCUAAACUAAGGACUGGGGAGGGUCACCUGCCUGGAAGCCCUACAGGAAGGACAUCCAACUGGUCAAUGCAUGUAUGGGAGGAGCCAACCACACGGCCAAGGCCUGGCCAGCAGCGUCUCUGGCACCUGGAUACAGAAGAGCCAUGGAUACGCCCUGGCCUUGCUGAGGAGCUCAGCCCCAUUCAGACUAGCCCUUACACCACAGUAGCUGCCCAGGAAGGUGGAUGGGUCCCUGAGCCCAGGGCAGGGGAGGGGAGGGCAGACAGGAAGAACCAGGCUUCACUGACUCCCUUUGAUCCCCGGGGACCUCAACUUCCAUUAUAGGAAGAGCUUCGCUGGCAGAGGCCCAGCUGACAGUGCAGCCUUGGAGGCUUGAGACGGGGGUCCCAGGGGCUGCUCAGCCCCACUCCCUUACCGCCAGUGGCCAGCACCCAACACCACCUACCCACUCAACUGUGUUCAAGGGCCGUGUACUUAGCCCACUUCCCCGAGGCACCCCCAACCCCCAACCAGCUAGUCCUUGCCCUGUGUGCAUCUCAAAAGCAGGUUAGCCAAGUGCUCAGUAGAGUUGAGCAUCACUGGCCAGCGAGAGCCUAUCUGCUGAAGGAGGGAAUGGGCGUCUCAGGUCCCCACACAGGUCUAGGGGUCAGUGCAACCCUAGUUGCCUGUUUAACCCUGUUGGAGAAACUGAGGCAGGACACAUAGCAGAGGCUGGGGUCCUGUCUGCUGGGUCAUACAUUUUAGGUGGCAAGUGGGAGUCAAAGCCUCUCUUGCAAGAGUCAUCAGGGGCUCCCACCCACAGCCUGUUACCAGCAGGAAGGGGAUUGAGUUCACAGAUACCAGGGACAAUGUGGACUGACAUCAUACUGACCAGGCCAGAUGGACGGACUCUCACACUUGCUAGCCCAGAUGGACUCUGCCAAGCCCAGCACAGGUACGUCUAGGCAAAGCCAUGCUGUUCACAGCACCUUCUAACCCCUCACUGGGAAGCAAGCUGGAGGGAAAAGCCAUGAUGGUGCUGAGGCACGCAUGCCUGUCUGCAAGGCUGAAGGUACAUGUGGGUAAGAGGAGGGAACUGGGUUUCUCAGCACAGGAAUUGUGCCGGGAAGGGUUCUGAUCGUUUAUUUCUCUGGGAGAGGAUGUUAUCCACUGGUCAGUGGAAUGUGCCUGCUCAGUAGCAGCCUCGGCCUCCCCAAACCAACACUACCCCACUGCUACCCAGCCCCACACUCUUGUUUCCUAACCCUCCUUCUGCACCUCCGCUGCCUACUGCCAUCAUAGUGACCUACAGCUGUCAGGUCUGGUCACAGUGCUACACCCAUCCACUUGUCACUUUGUCAUCUGCAGUUCUUGAGCCUUGUCUACCUGUCAUACUGUUGCCUACAGUCACCCCCUCCCCAUUGUCAUAGUGUCAGAGAUACCCUGGUGCCCACUGAAGUCCCUCAAACAGAAGCAUUGCCCUUACACAGGCUGCUUACAGCUUCAGCCCAUACCUACUGCUUAUACCCACCUGCUACGUGCGUACUUCCAGACCUGGCCCGUCCCUUAGGAGCCUCUGGCA